AUGUCUAACGUAAAAAUUAAAGUUAUAAGUCGUAACCCAGAAGAUUAUUUGCGCGCUACGAAACGAGAUAUUCAGAAAAUACCUCGCAACUAUGACCCGAGCUUGCAUCCACUAGAAGCACCCCGUGAAUAUGUGCGUGCUUUGAAUGCUGUAAAAUUAGAGAGGGUAUUUGCCAAGCCCUUUAUUGGUUGUUUAGAUGGUCACAGAGAUGGGGUUUCUACUAUGGCCAAGCAUCCUAGCCAACUAGCAGUUCUAGCUAGUGGAGCAUUUGAUGGUGAAGUACGUAUUUGGGACUUAACUGUACGGAAGUGUACAAGAAAUUUUGUUGCUCAUGAGGGAUGGGUGAGAGCUUUAUGUUACAAUCCAGAUGGAAAGCAUUUUAUGAGUGUUGGUGAUGACAAAACUAUUAAAACGUGGAAAGCUGAAGCUGUUACAGAGGAAGAUGAGGAACCCACUAAUACAUUGCUAAGCAUGUCAGUGGUGUCUGGUAUAACACAUCAUAGAAACAAACCAAUCUUUGCUACCUGUGGUGAACAGUGUCAACUGUGGGAAAACACAAGAAAUGAACCAAUUAAAGUUUUUAAAUGGGGCGUAGAUAGCUUACAUCAUGUUUCAUUUAACCAGGUUGAAUACAAUUUGUUGGCUUCUUGUGCUAGUGACAGAAGUAUUAUUUUAUAUGACUGCCGUGAAUCUGGUCCUCUGAGGAAAGUUGUAUUGGAGUUACGAUCCAAUGCACUCUCCUGGAACCCUAUGGAAGCAUUCAUCUUUACAGUAGCUAAUGAAGACUAUAAUUUGUACACAUUUGAUGUAAGGAGACUAAAAGAACCAGUGGCCAUUCACAUGGAUCAUACGUCUGCCGUGAUUGAUGUUGACUAUGCGCCAACUGGCCGUGAAUUUGUCGCGGGUAGCUAUGACAAAACUAUCAGAAUAUUCCAGAAUGACAAAGGACACUCCCGAGAUGUUUACCAUACAAAAAGAAUGCAGCGAUUAACCUGCGUGAAAUGGUCUCUAGAUAAUAAAUAUGUAAUGAGUGGAUCUGACGAAAUGAAUAUAAGAAUGUGGAAGGCCAGGGCAUCUGAAAAACUUGGUGUGCUUAAGCCUCGUGAAAGACAAGCUCUUAAUUAUGCGGAAGCCCUAAAGGAGAAGUUUGCGACGCAUCCACAAGUGAAGCGUAUCGCUCGUCACAGACACGUCCCUAAACACAUACUGAAUGCGCAGAAAGAACUACGAACUAUCCGAGAGAAAACGAAGAGAAAAGAAGCAAAUAGACGCGCCCACAGUAAAAAGGGGACAAUACCGGUUGUUUCUGAGAAAAAGAGACAUGUCGUUAAAGAAGACGAAUGAUUGUGUUAAUGUGAAUGUUAUAAUAAAAUA